AACACCUUUAACAAUUGAGAAGUUAAAAGUGUGCUCCAAACAUCUACCUCCCCUACACAGCCGUCGGAACUCGGAAAACACCACCAUAAAUUCUGGAAUUCCUCUGUCAAUCUUUCUUCUUGUUUCAAUCCCUCUUUCAAUCUUACUCCCUGCUAAUAUUGCUAAUUACUACUGGAAAAAGUGCAGAAAAUUGUGGGAACAAGAAGAUUAUCCGGUCUAUAGAGCUUUAAAACAUCCUUUUUGAUCAUUUGGGCAUUGAAUCUUCCGCUUAUUACAGUAUUUUUCACAAUUAAAUUGGUGGGUAUUACUAUUUAUCCAUCAAUUACUAAUGGGUAAUAUUUUUGUGAAGAAACCCAAGAUCACUGAGGUUGAUCGUGCAAUUCUCUCUCUUAAAACUCAAAGACGAAAGCUUGGUCAAUAUCAACAGCAGCUUGAAGCUGUCAUUGAAGCUGAAAAACAAGCUGCAAGGGACUUGAUUCGUGAAAAGAAAAAAGACAGAGCCUUGCUCGCGUUAAAGAAGAAGAAAGUACAAGAAGAAUUGCUGCAAAAAGUCGAUGCAUGGCUAAUUAACGUUGAGCAGCAAUUGGCAGAUAUUGAAUUAGCCAGCAAGCAGAAAGCCGUUUUUGAGAGCUUGCAGGCAGGAAAUACUGCUAUGAAAGCAAUUCAAAGUGAGAUUAAUCUGGAAGAUGUUCAGAAGUUGAUGGAUGAUACUGCAGAGGCUAAAGCAUAUCAAGAUGAAAUUAAUGCCAUUUUGGGAGAGCAAUUAUCUGCUGAAGACGAGGAAGAAGUUUUAGCGGAAUUCGAGAAUCUUGAAGCACAGCUGAUCGUCCAAGAUCUGCCAGAAGUUCCGACUACAGCUCCUGAAGAGGGAGAGGACCUGGACCUACCUGAUGUACCUACCAAGACUCCCGUUGCUUCAACUGCUGCUGCUGACGAUAUUGAGGAGGCCUCCGAUACACUUCCUGAAAAACGAAGAGUUAUGGAAGAACCUUUGCCCGCAUAGCUGCAUAGAGUUCUCGGGCCUUACAACAGACUGCAUGUUCAAGCCACGACCCUGUUCGUGUUGAUUGAUUGGUGUUUCUAGGCUUUGCGCCCUUUUUUUUUUUUUUUUUUUGGUCAUGUAUAUUGUUGCAAUUAUCUACAUUAUAUUCAAGUCUUUUUUACCUAUUCAGCUAAAAAAAUUGGGAGAAAAUCUGCUGUUUGAAUCUUCAGUACAUACAGAAUUGCAUUGAUCUAUCUUAUAAAGUCAUGGUAAUGGGUUCACCCCCUUUUUUCCAUCUUA